GCAUGGACCUGAUGCUUCCUUCUUUCCUUGUCACCACGACAACCUUUUGAUAUGAUAGAUUUAGCCACACGUCGCAAAGUCUGCGAAGACACCAUCUCGCGUUCUGUCAAUAUUGCCGCAUCAACCCCCGGCGGUUCGCUUGCUAGCAGUUUCAUCCCUUCGCAACUACCUCCAUUGAACAAGCAACAUACUGGAUACCCAAAUCUAAGCCUAAAGCCAAUAGAAGUUCACAACGCCGACUCUUUUGACCUUGCGCGGAAUCUCAAACCCAGCACAGGCAAAGUAGGUGUGUUGAACCUAGCGAGCGACCAGGAGCCUGGAGGCGGCUGGCGCUAUACACUCUCGGCGACUCAAGAGGAAGCAUUGUGCUACUCCUCGACGCUGUAUGCGACUCUCAAACCGGAAUGGUAUCCAUGGCCAAACACCGGCCCUGGGUCUUGUGCAGGGAUUAUUUCCCCCAAUGUUGUCGUGUUCAAGGACACGCUGAACAACAAUGUUGUCGAGUUGCCGGAGGAACAACGCCAUGUACUAGCUGUCAUCACGGUCGCAGCUCCGCGAUUUCCUAAGAUCGCCGAGGACGGAGAGUGCUUCGCCGAUAAGGCUGAGUUGACGAACUUGAAAGAGAAGAUCCUGCUCACGCUGCGUGUGGCUGUAACCAAUGGUGUCACAAGCUUGGUACUGGGCGCGAUGGGAUGCGGGGCGUAUGGCUGCCCGCCGAGAGCUGUAGCGAGAGAGAUGAGAGAUGCAAUUGCAAUGGAGGAGUUCACAGGCUGGUUCGAGAGGGUGGUUUUUGCGGUCUACGCCGCCGGUCCGUCUGGUCAGCGAAACCUAAAUGUCUUCCAAGAGGUGUUCGAGUGCGUACAAGAACCCACUAAAAUUGGUAUCGCAGACGCGGCAAGAACAUGAACACUCUAUUGUAAUAAGAUGAUUAUGAUCGACUGAAAGAAUUCGCUUUAAUUGAUCCGAC